AUGGCACCGCGCCUUACUCGCAACAGUGCCGGCAGCCGUGAAGGCACCAAACAGACGGAGACACCCGCUCGUGAGGACUCUCCAGAAGACCCAACUGACGACACCUUCUUCGAGGGCGACGAGGGUGAAGAUGGCGACGGAGACGGAGGCCCUGGCUCUCCUAAUCCCGACCCUGAGCAAGAGAAGGACAAGGCCGCUGAGCCAAAACCCCAGUCCAAGAAGAAGAAGGUCGUCAUUGACGACAAGACCGCCCACAAACGGAAGCCUAUCGAUCCCGUUAUCAAGGAGAACGCGCGCGCCGCAGUCCACUUCAAUGAGGAGCGGUUCAACGGUAUCUGUCCUGAUGAGGAGCGAUUCCAAGGACGAUCUACCAUACUUCGCAAGAAGUCCCGGUACCACAUACAUAAUUUGCUGAAGUCACUCGACGAAGCUCUGGCAGACGCGAUGGCCAAGAACACGGGCGACGAGGACCCUGAGCUGUCCUUCAACCUGUUUGAUGGGUAUAUCUCUCAGGCUAUCAGGAGCUUCGACGUUCGUUUCAACCGCAAGGAUAUCGCUAACGACCUGCGACAGAAGAUGGAGGAGUUCGCGGAGUUGUUCAUUCGCGAUGCUGCCCCCUGCGUUCCCUUCCAGUCUUUGUUCCCCUCUUCUAACAUCCCGUUCUCCGGUUACCUGAACGAGGAAAGGUUCACCGAGCUAUGCGACAAGGACCCUCAAGCCAUGUUUCAGGAGUUCAAGUUGCUAUCGAUCAUGAGCAUGGCCCAGAAGGAGCAGGUCUCUGAGCUUCACCGCCUUGUCUCCCAGCUCGGUGUCAAAAUGAACACGAUCCACGACUGGGUUCCUGCCCUCGCGGACCGGUACUCCGAUCGGACUUCCGCUUCUGCUGCCGACCCCGCUAUGAUCCAGCAGUUGAAGGACUCCCUGGUUGAGAAGGACGAUAUUAUUGAGGGGUUGAAAGAUAUUAUUGCUGACUUGAGCAUCGGCAGAGGAGUCCCCAAGAACAAGGGCAAGGCUAAGGAAACGGUCCUCCCCAGCAUCGAGCGAGACGCCAGCGAGGCUCCCCUUCGGGCUUCCACUCGCUUCUCUACCCUACCCCCCGACGAUCACGACGAAGGAACCAGCUCUGGCUCUCGCCGCUCGACUAAACAGGCCGACCCUCCCAAGUAUCACAACCAAGACAAGGAGGAUGAUGUUCCCUUUGAGGCCUGUUUCUUUAUGUCAAGAGCCGUUUGGGAGGUUAUGCUUACCGCGAUUUGA